CAUCCGGGGCUCUCCCCCCCCCCGCGGCCGUUCGCACUCUCGGCUAUGGCGGAGGCCUCAGUUGGGAGGCAGAGUCCAAGGGUUGUGUCCUACCCUGCGCGGAACUUAUGUCCUGGGAGACCCAGCCUUCAUACCACGGCAGUGGUGUCUAUGGGCUCAGGUGACCACCGCUUCAACCUGGCCGAGAUCCUUUCCCAGAACUACGGGGUGCGGGAAGAGACUGAGGAAGAUCAGCGGCAGGAACACUCACAGGGGAAAGCGAAGCCUUUGGAGGAGCUAGAGAAGAACUUCAAUGCCUCUCAGAACUCUGAAAUGCCGUUUGAGGAAUUGCUUGCGCUCUACGGCUACGAGGCCUCUGACCCCAUCUCCGAGCAGGACAGUGAGAGCAACGAUGCCUCGCCCAACCUUCCAGACAUGACCCUGGAUAAGGAGCAGAUAGCAAAGGACCUGCUUUCUGGGGAAGAAGAAGAAGAGACUCAGUCUUCGGCCGACGACCUGACCCCUUCCGUCACCUCCCACGACGCCUCGGACCUUUUCCCCAACCAGAUGGGAUCAAACUUCCUGGCUGAUGGAGGCAAAGGACGCUGCUCCUCCCCGUGUGCCUCCUUCUCGGCUGAGGACUCGGAAGAAGACGCCAUCCCCGCCAACGAAUGCAAGAAGGAGAUCAUGGUUGGUCCUCAAUACCAGGCAGCUGUUCCUCUCCUCCACCUGAACAGGCAUGGCGAAAAAGUCUACGAAAACGACGACCAGCUUCUUUGGGACCCGAACAUCCUCCCCGAGAGGGAAGUUGAAGAGUUCCUUUACCGAGCCAUAAAGAGAAGGUGGGACGAAGUCUCGAACGCCAGCCUUGCAGAGGGGGACACGGUCAAGGACAAUGAGCAAGCACUAUACGAACUGGUGAAGUGCAACUUCAACGCCGAAGAGGCGCUGCGGAGACUCCGGUUCAACGUGAAGGUCAUUCGAGAUGAGCUCUGUGCCUGGAGCGAAGAGGAAUGCAGGAAUUUCGAACACGGGUUCCGGGUCCACGGAAAGAACUUCCACCUCAUCCAAGCAAACAAGGUCCGCACCCGGUCGGUAGGUGAAUGUGUGGAGUACUAUUACAUGUGGAAGAAAUCAGAGCGCUAUGACUACUUCACCCAGCAGACGCGGUUUGGAAGGAAGAAGGAUUACGUGGAUAAUUUUUUGGAUGGUGGCGAAGUAGAAAGUGCCAGUCGUUCGCGAAGUUCCCCACCCAUCCCUUCGUCCACUGGAUGCCUCGACUCUCGUUUCAACCCAGAUCACCUGGCAAUCGAAAGCACAGAACCUUUGAGCAUCGAGAGCGCAGCGUGCAGUUUGGGCAGCACGAGUGAGUCGGGCCACGGCUACGAGUACAGCACCCCUUCGGAAACAAACUGUUCCUUCGACCCCGCCGAGGAAGCCGCUGCCGGCAGCCGGGUGCCCGCUUUCCUGCAGCGCCCGCCGAACCCCCGCGAAGCCGGAUUCUACCAGGUGGCCGCAGCCAGCAAACAGGAGCCACUGCGGUGCUCGGGGAAUGCCCUUGCCGUGGACUUCACCCUCCCCGGGAACGUCGCGGAGGGGCUGCCUUUAAUUUCCGGCCACGUGGGACUGGGCAGGGAUCCAGAGACGUUGGUGGCCCCCUCUCAAGUGUCCUUAUCGGUCCCGGAUUUCAGCCUCCUUGGCAUUGGAGAUGUAAAUAGCUUCCUGGCCACUCAGCAGGCCUGCCCAGCUCCCAGGGGUCACUCGGAGUCCUUGUCUCAGUGACUGCAGCCUCUGCGUAGGGGUCCGCUGACGGACGAGAGCUGACUCUGGCAGGACUGUGUGGAAUUGCCCUUUGGGGAGGGGGCACGGAGACGGGUCAGCCUAUCGUCACCCUUCCUUCCCCCGCACACUCCCCCGGGGCCACGAGCGCCGGUCAAGAGCCGUCCGGUCCUCGCCUUUCCAAAUCGCGGGGGGCGGAAGGGGCGCCCGCUGCUCUUCCUGCCCCUGUGCUCGACGUCCCUCUGGCUAAACCAAACGCCUCCGUCGUACUCUCUCGCACAGCUUUGCAAAAGAGAGAGAGAGAGAAAGCCGAUGGAGGGGAACCUGUGACCCCCAUGGGGCCGUUGUAGAUGGGGGGCAAAGCCAUGCAGGGGGCAGACAAAGUCUUCCUCCCCAACAACCCCGCCCUGGGCAAGCUGGAUAUCCAGCAUCGCCAGCCGAGAAAACCCCCGGCGCAAUGCGGGAGGCCGCAGAAAUAGAGAGGGUUGCCAGGAGCACUUUUAGAGAAGGAGAUGUAUCGGUGGGGUGGAAAGCUUUCACGCACAGCACGAGCGGACGUGGAACACAACUGGUCCCGAAGGUGCAAAGCAAGCUGAGUUAGGCACUUUCCUUCAGUUGUGGCGGCACCUCUGUUUAGUUUCGUUUUCAGUAGCGGCGGGGGACGUUCCUUUUUGCCAAACCUUGCGGCCGCAUCCUGGUUUGCCAUAGGGUGGGUGGAAUCGCCACCCUGCUCCCGCUUUCAUCCCUACGCAAGCACACCGCCCCAGGCCUUUUUUUAAGGCACCCUCUUAUCGGGACCAGCCUUCUGGGAGGAGGGAGAAACUUCAUCCCCUCCAACAGCACCCUGCAUUGCGAAGACGGUAAUCCGCACGUCGCAGCCUUCCGAGGAUGCAUCGGUUUCCGGGGAUGGGGAGGACAUGGAGGGGCAGAACGGAAGAAGGCUCCCUGGCCCUGUUGCCAAAACUCCACAGCUCUCAGGCGGGGUGUGGGGCGGGGCGCUCCAGGGGUUGACGUUCGCCGUGGCGGAUCGCGAGACCAGGCUUCCGAAAGCCAGCAAGAAUCUGCGCAUUUGCUUUUGCCGGAAGAGAGGCAGCCGGGUGGCGGCAGGAGCACAGGGCCGCCAGUUGGAGUGCCAAACUGAGACUCCGGGGAGGGAGGUAUACGUGCGUUCUGUGCGUGAGAGAGAGCAUGAAACGCGGGUGUCCCGUCCUGUCCCCCCAACCUUGCCCGGUUCGGCCAGCUGGCAGAAUACUACGAGGACGGACUCCGUGCCAUUCAAACCUCUUUGUCUCCCUCUUCUUCCAUUUUUCUCAACCUCGGCCAUGGGGAAGCUUUUUUCCUUGUUGCUGGUAAUACGGUAUAUCCCUCCCCCCCACCAUCAUUUUCAUUUUGUGGUGCAGGGCGAUGGUGGUUCGUGGCAGCAUACAUACCCUUAACCUAAUUCCGCCCGCCCCUCAAGCAUCGGCCGUCCACCUGGCCAUUCACUCCUUUCUUGGUCAUGCAACUAGGGGCUUUUCUUCCAAACUGGGGGAGCUGAUAAGGUGUGGAGACAACUUCCUGCACCUCACUCCUGUGUCCGUCUCCCUGCAUAAACCUUGGUACACCACCCUGCAAUUUCCAGGUGGCAGUUGGCAGCCGUGGAUUGCAGCCUCUAAUAAUCGCUUCGUUGGCCUCCGUUGAUGCUAGCGGCAGCAAUCGUGGUUAGCGCACGAGCCUUCUGUUGCACGGUUCACGCCCGCCGUGCAAAAGGCAGGGGAGAGCCUUGCACAAGUGUGCCGGCUCUGAUCAGGGAAUCGGGUGGCAGAUUAAGAGAGCUAGAGAGGGCUCAUUUAAUGUGGGGCUUGUGGUCACGGACCCAGCAAAACAGAGCACGUUGCGUUGUGGCACCAGCUCAAGUGAGACUCAAAUGCGCAUCCGUGCCCACUUUGAAGAUUCACAGCACUUGGCGAAGACGCAGCUGCCAGAAAACUCCUAUAAGUGAGUUGUGCAAUGGGUAUCUAAUACCACCCUUGCACUUGCAAGUCAUCCCGGGUCGCCGCUAUUCCAUCGGCUGCCCCUGUGGCCAUCUUGACUAUGAGGCGUCAAUGAGGACUGAUGGCUUUUCAGUUUUCCUUUGGUGUAGCGUUUUGCAGCUGAAGUAGGGCCACACAUUCUGUCGGGCCUUAAGUCUUCUGCUUCCUCCUCUCUCUCUGCCCACCUACCCCCACUUUUGCUUCCUUUAGUUCACGCCAGUCCAAUCUGGACCUUCCCCCAGACACAGCCCGCUCACAGCUCUCAGGGGUGCAGUUUUCUUUCUAUGAGUGUUCUGGAUACAAGCCAGAGGUGUUGCAUAAUUUCCUUUGCACUCAAAUCUCCCCCACUCAAAUCUCUUGGCAUUCCCGUAUAGACCGUAGAGGAGACCUUAGGAAAACAGUCACGUCUCCAUCCCUGCGGUAAAUAACGCAGUGGUACCCGGCCUAUUUCCUCAAAUCACCCAGGUGUGAGCUGCGCGUCCUUUGCCCAGCCAGCUGCCUCUAAAAGUCCCAGAACUUAUGGCUAUUCCAUUGACUACAAUGGUAGUCAGACGAAACAGCAACAGAGAGAUCUCCGGUUCCUGGAACUUUAAGAAAAUCGGUUUGUGUGUGUCCACUGCGUUGCCUCUGGAUUUACGCAGGGAUAUGUUUCCCCACUCCACCCCCCCCCCGCCAUCUACCUGAGCAGCCUCUGUAAAAAAGGGGGGAAGUGAAAUUCGACCCACUUAGCUGCCCAUGAAGCACCCUCACCCGUUCAUAAUAUCCCUUUUUUAUUAUUUAUUUACGGGAUCCUUUCUUGCAACAUUUAGGAGACUUUCUCUCCACUGACUCUCUUGCCAUCUUGUUACCUAUCUCCUAUUUCAUUUCUCUCCCUUCUCGCCACCCCCACCCCCCAAUUUCAUAUUUUAAUAUGUCUAAUUUAUAAAUGUAUUCUUUCCCACCCACCCCCUCUCCCCGCAGAAAAAAAUGUUUGUUUACAGGUUGUGGGGAAGCGGGAUACAUAUAUAUAUAGAUAGAUAUAUAUAUAUAUGCCGCGGAAACUUGUGUGUGUCUUGGGGCGACGGGGUGUUCCACGAAAGCGGGAGGCAGACCAACAGCUUUCCUCUCCUGUUUCCCUUCCUUCCGCCUCUCAGGGAGGGGAAGGGAUGUCGUGAACGUGAUUCCGAUACACCGCGCCCCGGGCGCGCCACUGACACGUUCUGGUGAGAAAGCGCGAAGGGUCUCUCCACUGUGAAGUGAAAACUGCCUUGAAUUACCCUUCAUUUAUUUAUUUAAUUAUAAAGCCUACGUUGGAGGAAACGACAACGUGGGGGGAAAAACAGA